UUGUGGGCCUAAUUGUUUGGGCCUAUCUUUUAACGAACGUAGUAUGGAAGGAAAUUGUCAAUGGCAGCAUAUAAUGACAGAUGACGUGGCCAGAUUCCAAUGUAUCAUCAUCACCUACCUACUAGUACUAGCCUUCUUCCCAAACUUACUUUUUGUGAAAAAUGAAUCGAUGUCAAACCAAAUGAUUGGUGAUGAACUAGUGAUAAUAUCUUUGUGUAACGAUGAUUGACGUUUGUAUCUCGUUGUUAUGGAUAGCAUUCCUGAUUAUCAUAUUCUAUGAGGUAGCUGAUGUGAAGAAGAACAUAGAGACUGUGCAGGGAGCUGACGUUUAUCCUGCUGCGAAACUGAUGCUUAUUUACCAAGGGAAAGUGCUUAAAGAUGAGACCACCAUUGAGGAGAACAAAGUUGCUGAGAGCAGUUUUAUUGUCAUUAUGAUGACCAAGGUCAGCUUGGAUCUUAGGAUACUAAAAGCAUUUGUGUUGUUUUCUUUUAGCUUUUGGAUUUAUCUAAUUAUGACUUAUGCUCUCUGGGGAUUAAACCAGUAGCGGCCCUGAGCAUAAGCAUUAGAAACA